AACUCGUCUAGCAAUCGAAGAGUUAUUGUUACGUUUGGACCUCACAUCGUUUACCAUUUAAAUACAUUUAUAAUAUGGCCACAAAAGAACGAGAAAAGCUGCCUAUUCCUAGUAUAAGCAUUCAAGAUGCAGUCAGUCUCAUUGAAUCGUUUGGAAACAAAACAGUUUUAUCAGAGGAAGACAUCAAACGUCCUCAAUAUAAGAGUCUUAAAAAGUGGUAUCUGAACUCAAUUCUGUUGGAUCAACUUGGAAUAGCGCAAGAAAGGCUUCUUCAGCCUCACUUUAGUUCGAUGACUACCCUGGAACAUCCUGAGCUACACGAAGAGAGUGCGGGUCUUAUUUUGUUCACCUUGACUCUACAGCGGUUCAUGUAUGCAUGUGGUGUAGAAGACUUUACAAUAAGUGAUUUGCUGUCACCAUCCCCAAAACGUACACUCUACAAUAUAAGUGCUGUCUUAAAUUUCAUCAAGUUUAAAAACUUCCAAAAAGAGCCRUAUGACAGGGUUUUGGAAGAACUGGAUUCCUUUGGUGAGAAAAGGCACCAGGCCUUAGAGAGAAAUGCUGCUUUCAGACAAAGAAUUGACAAAUUGAGAGUUCAAAGAGCUGAAGAGGAGGUCCAAGCAGAACAGUUAAGCUCUGCUGUUGAAAAUCUUGAAACUGAAAUAAGAGAACUUAACAGAGAACAGGCUGCAGAAUCAAAGACUUACCAACAACUCAAGACUACUAAUGCUGAACAAGCAUCRAAGAAGGCAGAGUACCAGGCAUCUCUAGCGGGACAAAAGGAACAUUCUGAUACCUUAAAAUCUAAGAUUGUUCAAUCACCUGACCGAUUUAAAGCUGAAAUCUCAAGACUUGGCAACCAGCUAGACAAUGUUAAAAAUAGCAGAGAUGAAAAGAGUUGUAGGUUUACAGAAGUAGAGAACCAAAGGGAUGCUAGAUUGAAAUGGAAUGAGAAUAUGAAAAAUGCACUGAAACUCAUGACAUCGAUUGCAAGUGACAUGGAAAGAGAAAGUAAUCAGCUGGCUAAGCAUGAGGAAACCCAAGAUGCAUUGAGAGCUCAGAAAGAAGGACUCAAGGACUUGGUUCUUAAGAUUCAGCAUUGUAAAAGGCAGUCUGCAGCCAAACAAGAUAAAGUUUUACGUACCACUCGACAACAUGAGAAAAAGAUUGCAGUCUUACAAGAACAGUUUGAUGAAUUAAAAAGAAAUGAAGCAAACUAUCUGGAAAAAAAUGUAGAGGUAUCCAUGGAAAAGAGCAAAGACAUUGAGAGAAAGAUUCAAGAGAUUGYACACACAUUGGAAGAUAAAGAAAACCAAGCAAAUCAAGAGAUCACAGCCCUUAGAGAAUCAUACUCAAAACUGCUUGCACAGGUGAGCAUCUAUCAUCAAGGUUUGAAUGAAGCUUGGACACAAAUGAAGGAGUUUGUUUAAAACAAAAUAACAUGUAUUUGUGAUAAUGGUCAAUAUUUGCAUUGUAUUUUAGAGUUGUUGACCAUGAAACGACAGUAAGGUUAUAUUUCAUGGAAAUAGCAAACCAGAGCAAUUAAUGUACUCACUUUACCAAUGAAUUGAAUUAAAGAGUUUCAUGAAAA